GUAUCUUUUCUUCAUAACCGACUAUUUAUACCCUUGGUCCUAUUCAAUUCCUGUAACCUCCUUUCCUGUCAUAACAAGAUGAAAUCCUAUGGUCAGGAAGAAGCCUCACCGCUACUAGCAGGUUCUGCUUCCACCAAAUAUCAUUCACAGCAAAAUUCCAAAGAUACUAUCGAAUCAAUUGGUUGUGUAGAGGAAGCAGACACCAUUAAGCAAUUAAGCAAUAAAGUAGUCGGCCGCUGUGCCUCGCCAGUUCCAACCGUUGUUACCUACAGUAGUAUUGUUGAAAAUGAAAUUGCUAGUAUUACAAGUACUGCAUCUGAUCUUUUGAAUGGAGCAUCUAUUUAUGCUGUCUUUGCUGGAUUAUACACAGCUGUGAUAUUAUCAUCCCUAGAUUCAUCCAUCGUGGCUACUAUUUACCCAAAAAUUGGUACUGAUUUCAAAAGAUCAAACGAAAUUAUAUGGAUUGCUACCUCCUAUAUGUUGAGUUAUACAGCUUUACAACCGCUAUAUGGACGCAUUUCAGACGUGUUUGGACGCAAGUCAGCUUUGUUGUUCGCAAGCACUGUUUUCUUCAUUGGAUCCUUGUUGUGCGGUAUGGCGAAUAGUUUAUGGGCGCUGGUUAUAGCUCGCGCCAUUGCUGGUAUAGGUGGAGGUGGAAUAAACUGUAUGACUACUGUUAUCACGGCUGAUUUGAUACCUUUGAGAGAACGUGGAAAAUUUCAAGGUUAUGGUAACAUCGCUUACGCUACGGGCUCCGUUGUAGGUGCGCCAUUAGGAGGAUUUAUCAGUGAUUCAGUGGGUUGGCGCUUUUGUUUUUACCUCAAUCUACCUUUACUGCUCAUCACCAUUUACGUGGCCACAAGGAUUUUGACCAACUAUAACUUAGAGGAAGAAAAUGCCUCUGUCCUAGGUGGAAUAAAUGCUGGUCAAACAUUCCGUGAAAGGCUCAAGCGCAUUGAUUACGCAGGUGCCAUCACCAUCGUUUUGGCCGUCGUUAGUUUUUUGAUUGCUACUUCUUUAGGUGGUAACAUUCGUCCUUGGACUGAUUCAAUUGUUGUAUCUUGUUUCUCGAUCUCUAUCGUCCUUGUCGUGCUUUUCUGUAUCAUUGAGGCUAAAUACGCUCUUCACCCACUCAUGCCAUGGGAGAUCAUCUCCAGUAGAACGCCUUUUGCCUGCUCUUUGACAAAUUUGUGGUGUACCAUGUCUACCACUUCCCUUAUCUAUAUAACUCCUUUGUUUUUUCAGACUCUAUUGGGUUUCAGCUCUUCAAAAGCUGGUUUCUACGUUCUUCCUAAAGUAGCUGCUGUUUCUUUGGGUUCGGUUCUCGCAGGCAGGUAUAUGUCACGGGUAGGAGAAUACCGUAAGAUUACUAUCUUUAUGUCUUUUGUCGGAUUGGCUUCCAUGAUAGGUUACAGUUGUUGGUCAGCUCAAACACCUACAUGGUUUAUGUUUAUAUGUCUCAUGGCAGAUGGAUUGUCUAUGGGAACAAUUAUUGUCACAACACUGAUCGCUAUGCAUAGCUGUGUGGAUCAUUCAGAAAUGGCAACAGUUACCUCAAUGUCUUAUCUCUUCCGGUCGGUAGGCGCCGUCAUCGGUAUAUCGCUCACAUCGGCUAUUUUUCAAGGUGUAGUGAAGCACAUUCUUACUGAAACACUUACAGGGUCUGAUGCGGAUUUGUAUAUUGAUAUUGCUCGAAAAUCAAUCACAGAAGUACGUCAGCUGUUACCUCCAGACGUAUUGGAGGUCGUUCUUGACGCAUAUCAAGUUGGUUUACAGUAUACAUACAUUGCCUGCGCUGGGUUGAGUUGCUUAACAGUUUUAUGCUCAUUAUUUAUUGAAAGUUUUGAUUUGUCUACAAAGAAGAGCACCAGUAGACGAAAAUAAUAUGUACAAUUAUAUUACAUUGUAGAACAACUUAAAGAAUUGCAAUUCUCAAUAUAAAAUGUUUUAAACUUCAGGAGUGUGCGUUUCCAACAAAGAGGCAAAGGAAAAGAAUAAAAAUUACAAUUAUGCCAGAC